AUGGAUCUGUUUGCGCGCGUAGCAAAGAAGAGCGCAGCGGACCCUCAGUCGCGACCGCCGCCCACGACGCAGCGCGCGGCCGACGCGGCACUCCGUCGCAGUCCGCGGCACAGAGUGCGCGCGCUGCUGCACGAGAUGCAGACGCGCGCGUCGUGGGGCGAGAAGGAGCACGCGCCCGAGGAGCAGCGGCUGCUGCAGGCGCUGCAGAUGUGCGUCGUGGACGCGCCGAGUCGCGACGCGCUCGCGAAACUGCCCAAGCGCAUGUGCGCGUACGAGUUCAAACCGGGAGACAUUGCGUGGAACUGCCGCGUGUGUCAGGUGGAUGAGACGUGUGUGAUGUGCAACGAUUGCUUCAUCUCGAGCGACCACGAGCACCACGAGGUGUUUUUCUACUACACGCACAGUGGGGGCUGCUGUGACUGCGGCGAUACAGAGGCGUGGGCGCCCGAAGGCUUUUGCACUCGACAUCGGGGGGCGCAAGAUGCCGAUCCGUUGAGUUUCCUACCGCCGGAUCUAUUGCUCAAGUCGCGCGAAUGUAUUGACGAAGUGAUGCAGCUGGUGCUGGAUGCAAUUAAAGAGGCUCGUUUUGGCUCGAUCAUUGAUGCAGAGGACCUGAAGGUGGUGCGGGAUAAGCUGGAACAGGACCCGCCGGAACGACGGUAUUCAGUUAUUGUGCACUACAACGAGUUGCAGACGUCGCAGGAAUUCGCGACGGCACUGAACAAGGCUCACCCGGCAAUUGCUUACCAAAUGCUUAAAAUUGUUAGUGAAACGUCGUCGCAAAAACAGAGCACCGUGCGAUCGAAGGCAUCUCGCGAUGACGUUCUCGAGCUCGCUGCGUCGCUGCAUAAGCACAGGAUUGUGACAUCUAUUGUCUCGUGCGAAUACAAAGCGAGAGCACCGGUGAUCAACUCGUUGAUCCAAUGGCUUGCUUCGUUAGCAAACCUUUCGGACGGCUUUUGCCGCCUGAUUUGCGAGAAGAUGUGCGCAGUAGAAAGCCUUGAACGUGAUGACAGCAGCAUGGAAGUCGAUGAAGGAAGCGAUUUUUCGAUGCUCCGGGCUGUGAUCAUGGCUGACUCAUUUUUGCCCAAAACAGAGAGCGACGCUCUUCAUAGCUUGCUGAUGGCUCUCCUGGCCGACCCUGUUUUCAAGCAAGCAUUCGCAAUUUCAUUCACGUCGUCGUAUCGCCAGCUAUAUCGAGAAUUUGUUGCUGGGGUUGGCAGCUCGACCGCUACCAUAUUAGCGUUCAGCGUGCAGUUUUUCAACCGAGCAACGUUUGUGAAGAAGCUGGUUGCUGAGUAUGACCUUUUGGAAGUGCUGACGAACUCUGUGCUUGAGACGUUGCGGAAGAAGGAGAAAACGGAUUUCAUCGAUGUUGCAUUCGACGGUACCUGGGAUAACCUGGUACACUUACUGCAUCCAGACCACAAUCGAGAACUUGAUCUUUGGGAUGUGUUCGCGAUGGGUAUCCAGCGCUCACAAGGCACCACGUUACGCGAUGUCGAUGUGAGCGAACUGGCACACGAAGCUGAACGUGCGGGCUACCACAUCAGGCACCAGAGAGAGAUGUCGCCAUUUUUGAGCCUGCCUCCUGAAACAGAAUUUACCGGUCGGUUCGAGCUGGAUGUCACGUCGCCAGUCUUUGUUUGCCGCCGCUACAUGUCGGGCUUGCUAGAUUUGCGAUAUGUGUUGCAAAUUGAGGGUAUCUCCGAAAGCUUUGUCUUGAAAAAAGGCGGCUUUCGUCUAGCUAGGUUUUUACUUUAUCUUGCCUAUAUACAAGGAGCAUGUUCAGAGACGAGGCGUUUCGGAGAUCACGUCGAGAUGGAAUCGCGCGGGUGGGUUGUGACCGUGGAGUUUGUAUCGACGACAUCUGACGUGUCUUCGUGGGUCGUAUCGAACGCUUUCAAGACGGCUGGCGGGCCCGAUGUAGCACGCUCUCCAGAGACAUCGCGACUCUUGAUCACAAAGCUUGCAAAGCCUUUGCUGGAGGCGAUUUACUUUUGGCUUGCAUCAUCCGGCAAGUAUUUCCCCCCUCCGGACUAUCGGGUCGGAGACACUCUUCGCGCAGAUCAGCUUGAAAUAGCAGUUUCAUGUCACUUUCCUCUUCAGCGCACGCUGUCACAAUUGAUUCGUGUACUCAGUGAUUCCGCAAACGGUUUGGACAUGUUUCUUUCCAUGCUGAAAUGCAGCAUACUGCAGGACGAUGAAUCCGUGUGGAUUCACGAUGCCGAUAGCCCCAUCGGGUUUUGGCACCGAGUGCAGCUGAUUGAGCCUGUGCUGCAAGCGAUCGUGUGGGAUGCUCAAGUGCACUCGGGCUUGUGGGUGCGCAACGGCAUGGCAGUAAUCAACCACAGUAUGAACUACGGUGAACCGCCGUUCUGUGCUCGAUUUCGUGAUCUCGAUUUGUUGUUGCUUCAGUUUAGUUUCCAGCUUCUGGGUGUCGAUUGGGUGAUGGCAUCAAUCACAGAGCGCUUCGGCGUUCGAGAAUGGUACGAAGCAGCACAAAGUAGCGAUGCAAAAGAGGCAGAGCUGAUGGUGACCGAGUGUCUGGCACUGUUAUCACAGCUUGCGUCUGAAUUACCUCCGAAGGUGGCAGAUGGUGAUGCUGUGCGAAGCUUGAUUCCUUAUCUGCGCCGAGAAAUCGUUCAGCGUCUAUGCGUUGGACCGUGCGCUCAUAGUGACCUCUCUAAAAUUGCAAACGAGUUUUUCUUGAGUCGGGAAAGCUUGUUCCCGGUCAACUUUUCAGGUGGCCCAAUUCUCGAUCAAAUCUUGAAGGAGGUUUGUGUCGAGGCAGGGUUCUCAGCGACCUCAGGCACUGGAGAUUCGUCUGCACCGAACGGCGGUAAAUUUCUGUACCGAUUGAAGCCAGAACUGCUCGCAGAGUAUUCCCCGACUUUUGUACACCUGACGCGCAAGCAACAUGAAGCAGCACAUGAGAACUGGUUUCAGCACCGCCUCCGCUCGUCCAAGAAAAGAGAGCAAGAGCAAGUAGACGGUAGUCCCAACGACACCCACUCGACGUGGCUGGACUAUCCGAUGGUCAACAUGUUUUUGCCAUGUCCCCUGGGUUUCCGGCUGUCUCGUGUUUCGAUUCUGCAUGAAGACGCCCGACGAUUAGUGUACGAGUCUUUGUGGCGUGCAACAACUGAUGCUCACACCUGCCUGAGCGUUCUUUCGAGAGCUGUGCACUUGUUCACGCUUCAGCUGUAUGUCGUGGAAGACGUGCGUUACUUUCAAACGAUGGUCUCCGCCUCGGACGCAGAACGUUUUGAGCUCGAACGAGCUUCUCGCAUCGCGAACGACUUUAUUGAGUGGAUCCCGCGAGAACAGUCUAGGUGGUGCUCCGAUGCGGGGCCACGUUGCGCUAUUUUGCACUUGCUGUUGAAGCUGAAUCCCUGGUCCAGCCACGGUGGUAGUGCAAGUAUGACAAAAUUGGACGGCGAUCAGAAGCACGAGAUUGGUCGUGGCAUCGACUGGCUGUUACAUCGGUUGUCCCGAAUAAGCCCCGAGUGUCGAAGUGUGGUAGAGCGACAUCAAGUGACGGAACAAGAGUCGCGCGACGAAGCUGCACGCAAGUUGGCCUUAGCGCAACGGCGAAAAGAAGCACAAAUGCGGGCAAUACAGCAGAUGCAGCAGCGACAGGCAGCUUUUGCUGAGCAAAUGAAGUCGAUGGCAACUGACGCUGAGCAUGGUCCUGCUGGUGACGAUGAGUCUGGCACAGAUGGCGAACGCGAAAAAUAUACACCCAAUGCAUCUGACAAUGCUGGCGACGACAGUGACGUUGACAUGAAUGCAAGCGAAGACACCAUGAAUGACGACGCGGCGGUGGUGGAAUGUGCAAUGUGUCACUCGGUGAACUCCGAAAAUAGCUUUAUGUGCUAUGUUGGCUUUGCGCAGUGCUCGCCUGCUUUUUCUCCGUUGAACGGUGGCUCACAUGGCCACUUCCUGAGCACACCCAUGGACGAGAUGCACGUUGGUGAGGACAUACCCGUGCAUGUGCGUUUAUGCGGUCAUUCGGUACACCACAAAUGCUGGGAAUCAUACCAUACUUCCCAGUUCCAGCGCGCGAUUACUGGCGGGCAUCAUCGACAUGCACUGAAUGCUGUUGACGUCACGAAGAAAGAGUUUUUGUGCCCGUUGUGCAAAUCAAUCUCAAACGUGCUGAUUCCAACCACAACGGAGUCAGAAAUCAAGUAUCUCCCGAUUGUUCGGCGCAUGGUAUCGACCGAUGGAUCCGAUGAAAAAGCCAGGGUACCUGUCAACCAGUUGGAGAUGGUUCGAUGGCUGAAGCGUGCUGUCGGAAAGGUUGAAGAGAAGCAUGCAGUGUCAGAAGAGAGGCACACACUUCCCAAUGCUGAUACGGAUGGUGUAACAACGGGUGUUUGCAAAAACGUGAAUGCGGAACGCUUGAACGAAACAUGUGAGCUAGCCUCUAUUUUGUCAGGUCGGGAGGAUCCCGACGAGACGCAGCACUUGAAGAAGUGGUUAGAGGACGGCCUGUCAUCAGUCUGCAUGGCAAUUCACAAGGUGGCGUGCGGUGCAAUGCAGAAGUCUCAGCCAGAACGCUACACAACCUCGGGUUGCAAUGCGCUCUUUCACACAUUGCUCUGCUGUUUCCUCCACACCAAUAACUCGGAUCAGUUGCGCGAGUCGCUCUUCCUGGAAGCAAUGCGCUUCCUACCCUUGAUGCUAAAGCAUAUCAAUGCACGCUUUGUCACGAAUUCUUUGGUGGCUCCGACCGACUUGCACACAAAAAUCGUCCACUUGUUAUACUAUGGCGGGUCGGACGUUCUUCCCGAUGGAACCGUGGUGCUCGAAAGUGAACAUCCGACCACGCAGACACAAACUCGAAAACAGAGUCAGUGGGGCAAGGUGCGAUGGCCACAAAAGCCUUUGCUACUUAAUCACUUGGGUAGCGUGCUGAUGAAGGGUUUACUCUUUGCAACGAGCGAGGAAGAUGCAGUCUACAUAGCUCGACUCGUGGUGCUUGCACGUCUCGUGCAAACGUUGCUGUGGUAUGCCAUCACACGCAAAGAGGAAUUUACGAAUUUCAUGGCAGACGAUCUCGCGUUCUCGGAGGAUAACGUAGCGCUGUUUGCCGCCUGCUUUUUUGACGAGAGUGCAAUUGCUGACGAUGCAAAGAAUGAUGGAGAUACUCGCGUAAAUCGAGAAUGUGCUGUAGGACAUGCCCUGGAGCUGCUUCUUGACGCACUUGUGGGCAAAUGUGACGGUGCUUUCCACGUGGAGCGUAUUACUGACAGGCAGCAGCUUCUGAAUGUCGUUGCGUGUGAAGUUGUACCUCUUGCCAAGGUGGCUACGUUUAUGAUUCAAUCCUUGACCACGCGGGCGACGUCACGCUAUCGCCACGGGACACCUGCGACUUCAAAGCCAAUAUGUAUUUCAAAAGAAGACGUGCUAGCUGUCGGGUUUGUGAAGCUGAAUUCGUUGCAGUUUACUGCAAGAACACAGACUCGAGAACAAGCUGCUCUCGCUCAGCUUGUGUCUGGGUGGGUACACCGAUUCAAGACAGCAUACGAAGAAAUGAACGAUCCUCACGAUGUUCUCCAGCAGUGGCUCACCACGGCCAACACCGAUCGCGCUGAGCAGCUGACGCUAUCGUCAGUACUGAGCCGGGACCUGCACACCAUGCACUCGACCAUUUCGGUCUUUAGCUCGGGCUCGAACCGCACGCGGUAUCUCCGCUCGCUGCCGCGACCAUACGUGAAGUUUUACUCGGAACUGGCGAAGCGCAAGUGCCGAUCGUGCAAUCAGUUCCCCGCGCGUCCUGCUGUGUGUCUGCUGUGCGGCAUGCUGCUUUGUGCAGCCAACACGUGUCCAUCGAUCCAUGCAGACAAGGGCGGGUACCCCGACGAAGCGAAUCCAGGUGCAUGCACUGUCCACGCUAAGAAGUGCGGCCGAGGCAGCGGCGUGUUCCUUCUCGUGCUCGAAGGCGCCGUGCUGCUCGUGUAUUGGAAGCUCGCGGCGUAUGUCGGGAGCCUCUACGUGGACGAGUAUGGCGAAGAGUUUGGCGAGCGCAACCGCGAGCUCAGUAAGGGUCGCCCGCUCUACCUCAACGAGGAGCGGCGCGAGCGUCUCUUGCGUCUCUGGCUGCGCCACGAAAUCCCAAACGAAGUGGUCAAGAUUCAAAACAGCUCGGAGCGCGUGAUCCGCAACAGCCACUACUAG